GUUGCGUUUGGCUAUGAAGUUUAAUUAAGCUAUAUGUGACUAACAGGGACAUGAAAUUUCGAAUGGUAUUGAACGAUGGACAAAGAAAACAGAAAACGAAUAAGUGACAAAAAUGUCUCAUCCAAGACAAGGAAAUGGCUCGUCAGGACAAAUAAAAAUUGAAAAACACGCAUAGGGAAAAUAACAGUGUGGAAAUACAUGAUUGAUGACAAAAAAAAAUUACAUAAGGAGUUGAAAGAACAAUGAAAAAUCAGGAGAAAUGAGAAAGGUAGUUUGGUUAGCUAACUGACCAGUAGAAAGGAGUUGAAAGAAAAAUGAAAAAUCAGAAGAAAUGAGAAGGGUAGUUUGGUUAGCUAACUGACCAGUAGAAAACGACCCAGCAUAUUUACAGGAGUAGAUGGAAAAUACAAUUGAAUGUAAUGAGAAAUUGGGAGCCAUUCAAUUCAUGAUGCCUGAACAGAUAAAGCUGGAAUAUUUGAAAACAAGAGGUAAAAGUGGAAAGAAGACAGGAUCCCCCUCGGGUUAGAUAGACCAGUUUAUCUUCAGUCAGUUCUUGUUUUAGCAUCAAACAUAUACACUUCUGUUAAGAUACUAAAUUGUCAAGUUUGGGUUCUGUUACUCACACACACAGACCUAUCUGUAUCUUAUUGCAAAACUCUAUUCUGAAUGUCACAUUUUUUUUCUUUUAUUGGUUGUAUCAGGUCAGGUGGAAGUGGCUUUGACUCUUACUAUAAUUAAGUGGUUGUUCAGCACAUGAGAACAAGAGAUAGUGAUGUGUUUUAUGUUCUUUGGGACGCAUUUACUGCUAUUCUAGACCAGGCUUUGGUGGUGACUAGAUGAUCUGAUUUUGUUACAGUCGAUACAAAACGGUAGUUUUUCAAUUUUCAUGAAGUGAUUCUAUUUUUCAGCUCCAAAAUGGGAAGAAAGCUCGGCGCCGAUUUAUUCGACUGCCAAUACGGUUUAAUGUCGUACGUGGGACCUUCUUUGUCUUUAUUUACAUGUUUAGUUACGACUCGCUCCACGUUCAUUUGUAAUUUAUGAACAAGUCAAAUUUAAAAAUCUUGAUAAAUUUGUUAGAUGAGAAGUUUUUUUAUUCUAUUUUAUUUUGAGAAUGGUAGUUGAAUAAAUGAAUUUCAUAUAUAUUCAAAAAUCACACUGACAUCAUGAUAGAUAAGCCGACUAUAUAUAUUACAAGUAGUUUUAUAAAUCUUCUAAGAGGUGCAUUGCCAUAAAUUGUACCUAAAAGAAUAAUAUGAAUAAAGGGUGAAAUAAAGGAUAGUUCAAUUUAUAAAGAGGAAAGAGUGGAAUGAAGAUGUUGGAUACACGUCUUCUUUACCUGGAAGAGUACAUGCCACCAUCAUUUUGUUUAAUAAUUAGUAUCCUUAAACUAGUAGAUAUAUCUCUUUUGUAGUUAUAUAUUGAUAUAUUUUUUCAUAAUAAGUUUAGUGACACUAUAAGAAGUCGGUCGACUAUUUGCAUAAUACUAUUAUUAGGUUGCAAAAAACAUAUAAAGAGAUAUAUUGUUUAUCAUGACAAAGAAAGAAUGAAAAUAUCUAAAUGAAGCAAUAGUGAAAGAGAAAAUCGUUUUCUCUCUCUCUUCUCUCUGUUCCCUAUCUUCAUCUUUCACAGAGAAAGAGGAGAGAUGAAACUUGCUCGCCGGUUCCGUUCACCGGCUUAGGUUUCCCGUGGAUCAGGCUCCAGUUCCGACAACGACGUCUUCUACAGAGUCGAUUGGUCGGCUUUUGGCUCCGACGGCGCACCAGCAGGUCCGGUGUAGUCGUUGGCUUCUGGCUCCGAGUCUCACCUUCUCCUCCGGUGAUGACGUCGGGUUUUCUCCGAGGCUUUCCCAGUUUCAGUUUCUUCUUCGCUUCCUUGGUUCUCUUGUUCCAAUCAACUUCCGGUGUCCACAAUCGAUUGCUUCUUCCUCCCUUGGUUAAGGCUGAUGCAUCUUCGGGCUUUCUUCAAUCAUUAAAGGUGUUUGUAGCUACAUGCAGGAAAAGCGAUUGGUUGGAAGCGGUUGAUUUUGAUUGAAAUCUUUAAUUUUGAAGCGUAGAACUCUUGACUCGAUUUUUUGGCGUUUGUGGUGUUUCGACUGCUAGAGUCAUCUCGACGGCUUCUUCUCUUCGACGUCCUGUUUCUGGUGUGUCCGGUGGAUCGGCGGCGAGUUCUUCCGGCGAUGACUCUCCAGUCGUGGUGUCGUUGGUUUGGUCACGUGUCGGAGUGUGUGCGACGGCUCGCUUUGUUUGAGCCUUACGGUGAAAUUCAUUGGUUUGGGUGUGGUUUUAAAUCGUCAAUGGUGUUUCCGGUGGAUUUGGAUGAGAUCUCGGGACUGUCCUCGAUGGAUCUCUCCGUUGGAAUAGUUUGGUGAUGAAGACGGUACGGUGUUUUGUUCAGGUGUGUUCCGGCGAAACUAGUGGCCGUUCUUCAUCUUUUCCGGCUAACCUUGGCGUUUAGGGUACCGAUGUGGUGAUCGGCUGACGCGUGUCUCCGUGAGGCGAGAGCCUCAACACGUGGGCAGGCAAGAGUUUGGCUGGACGUGUGUACAGUUGUGGCACCGUUCAGUUUAUGAGCUUGGGCCAUUGGGUUUGUUUCGGUUUGUCUUUGAUGGGCUUUAGUAUAUUUGUUUUGUCGGGUUUUAUGCUCUUUUGUAAUGGGUUUUCUGGGCUUGACCCAUCAAUAAAAUUAAAUAGAUGGAAAAAAAAAAGAAUGAAAAUAUCUAAACGUGAAAGCGAUAUAUUAUGACUUAGGUAAGGUGGAAAGUGGAACCAAACUUAUUGUGAUGUGAAAACAGAAAUAAAGUAUGGAAGCAUCUUCAGUUAGAGGAGAUGCAACUAAGAUUUCAUCUUCCAGAUGCAAUCUUUUGACGAUUUUUUUUUUGUUUUACGUAAAGCUCAUCCCAUAAUUAAAUAGAUCUGCAAGAUACGUAUCGGUCCUACUAAGCAAUACACCAUCUUGAUGGUUGGUAGAGCGGUGCUUCUGACGUUCAAUCUCGUGACUCCCAGGAAGACGUGCUCAAUUUUUAAUGGUUUCUAAAGAGGACUCUUUCAGAAUAAAUAAAAGUGAUAUUUAAUUGUGUUUAACUGAAAAUGUUGUUAGUAAAUUAAUUGAAAUGGUUACACUCAUUUGGUGUUUUCGAGUCAGAAAAUGACGAAAAUGAGUGUAUUUUGCGUGGAGGAUUGGAACUUUCUGAAAAAGACUUGAAGAUGGGGUUGCUUGUGUCCAAAGCGUGAGUUUACAAACAACUCUUGAUACUCAUUUUUUUUUUCUUUUUCUCCAACUUAAAUAUUCUUUCUCUUUUGUUUCUCAUUGUCUUCGACUUUUGAAAUUUGUAAAAAAAAGGAGGCCACUUGAUCAUUUUCAUAAUAAUUGCGCCUUUUCUAAAUCUUUUUUUUGGUUAAAAUGUAAAAAACAUUUCAGAAAUAAAACUUGAAGUUUUAACGUGGUUACACAAAAAGUUUACUAGCUCUCUUUCAUAUUAGAUUAUAUAUGCUGGACGUUUUGUUAAUAACCAAUAUCAAUCAUACUAAGGUGUGUGUUCUCAAAUGUUCGACGCUCUAAUCACCCGUUUUUGGCUAUCUUGUUCUUCUGACACGUUUGUGGGGUUAUGUUUUCAGGUCAAACCGACUUUUAACAAAAGCAGAUGACUAUGGAAUAAUGACCAUAUACUACAUUUAAUGACUAUAUAAUAUACAUAUUUUCCUCCGAGAUACACCUCAUUUGUGGUCCUUUUCCUUUUAGCUUGUGUUUGUUGAAUUCGAAAACCUUCUCUUUUGAAUUUAAUUCUCUAAAGAAAUCAGAUGGCGUAACAAGCAAGUUAAUAGAGAAUUUUGGUGUCAAGCCCAUAUCUAAAAAUUUUGAGUUUUAUAUUCGCUAAUAUAUGUUAGGAUGACAACAAAACAAGACAGAAUGAUUAUUGCACAUCAAGUCAUUUCAUAUAUUUGAAUUAUUUAAAAGACUCAGACCGAUAUCAUAAGUUUCGUAACUAAUAUUUGUAUCACACAAUCAUAAUCUGCAAGCUUCUAUUUUUGUAUGAUUCAUCUUUUCUUAGCAACGAUCUUAGUCUUGAUGAAUUCUAAGUUGAUAUUAGUACUAUUGUUUAUUCACAUUCCAAAAAUAAAUGUGAAGAACGGUCAACAACGGCAGUUCAAUGAUCGAGGAGACCUAAAUAUUCAAAAAAAAAAUCGUUCUUGAAUACCUAAUUCCAGUUUUGACAUCUAGCUAUAUGCCUUGUUCAAAAACUCGGCCGAGUUGGCGAUUAAGCGGCCGGUUAAACGUGACUCGGGUGGUGGACGUGGCGAGUUUAGCCAAUUCGGUUGAAUUAUGCGGGAGGCCGAGUAAUGGGCAUGGACUACGUAGAAAUUAAAAACACGGCCGCGUAAUUGACGUGGACUGCGUUGAAUAUGUCUCUUCAACCGCGUUAUUGAACUUACAUUAAAAUCAGAAGCAGAUAUUGCGGUAGAAGAUUGUUUCAGAUUCUUGGCGGAGACAGAUGGUGUCUUUGGGUUUGUUGAAUGAGUUAGUGCCUGAUGUCUGGCGUUUUAGGACGAACCGACAAGACUUUAGCUUGUUAUGAUGCUUGUGCUGAUAGAUUGACGGUCUUUGGUUGUUACGGUUUCUAAGAUGAUUUCUGAAUUCUGAGGAAGAAGAUGAUGGUGAUGGUGGUGCUGGUGGUGGUGGUUUUGGACAAGAUAUGGGAAGUGGGAGGCUAUAUCUUGUUUUGUAAAAUCGAGCAAUAUUGCUUUAGAAAAAUACAGUUUGUGUAAUGGAUGUCUUGAAAAUAUGAACUUUUCUUUCGAAUCUUUGUUAAUUAUUAAACAAGAAACGUUAGAUAGAAGACAAAAUAUGUAAGUUUCCUUGUUUCAUUUGAUAUGUAACCUCUAUAACGUGUUAGGUAUAGCGACGAAAAUAAUCUGUUGAGAGAUAAGUGUUGAACGGUUUGUCAUUAACCAUGAAUAGAGUAGAUAUUGGUACAUUGUGUAUAUACAAAUUGAUGAACCAACGGUAAAAUAUGAAUUCAUAACAUUAAUACAUUAACACGAGAUGUAACAAAUUAUUAUUUCUACACAAAAAUUGGCAAUAUACGUAUAAAGGGAGUAUUAUACUUAUACAAAUACAAAAAAUUCCUCCCCGCGUACUCCCCGUUUUUUUUCCGCUUUUCUAAUAAAUCACUAGGCCCGGAUGCACCGCACGCGUAGCGCCUAGCGAGUUUCCGAACAAGGGCUAUAUGUAGCAAAAUUUUAAAAUAAGAGAAACACAUGACGGUCUUCAAUAUGAUUAAUGUGUUGUAUGCAACCGUUUCGAUAGUUAUGACUAUUAAAUACAAGAGGCAAGGCUCGUGUGUUCUGUUCUUUCCUGUUUUGUUCCGCUAAGCAAGUACCUUUUUCAUGACUGCUGAUAGUCUGAAUAUAGUCAGUAAUCAUUCUCAAAAUACCUUAAAUGUUAGUAGAAGCUAUUAAUCAAACAGUAUCCCUUAAAUGUUUUUGUAACUAAAACGAAUAAGAAACUAUUCGUUAAAAAAUUGAUUACCAAUUAGACAGCAGUUGAGGUGGGGAAACGAGAAAUGAGUGAUGACUAUGACCCACAGCCACAUACUUUCAUGAAGAUGAGUAAACAACUCUUUAAGUUUAGGUUGAGAAAGAGCCAAUCCACAGACACUACAUGUGACUAUGAGAAACCACAAAGAGAUUAUAUAACUUUUACUUUUCAAUGCUAUGGCACAAUUUAACUUUGGCUUCUUCAGAAAAGAGACCCUCGUUCACAUUCUUUUUGUGAGUUUCUCUCUUCUUGAUAAUUGAAAUCUUUCCAUCCACACAAACAAGAUACCUUUUGUUAUCUCCAUGUCUCUUCAUAUUCCUAGAUAAUCUACAACCAUUCACUAUAAAGAAGGUGUACUAUGAAUUUUCUAAAUUCGAUCCGGACGCAAAUUUACGCAAAUCACGUUCACAUACCCGAGAAGAAAAAAUGAAAUAGGACUAUAGGAGACGCAAUAUUCAAAGUCAACUGAAGUUUAGUGUGAGAUUAGACCCCGUUGGAAAAAAAAGAAACUGAGGAACAAAGAAGUAUAAUUAUUAACUGCCGAGGUCAGGUUUAAAAGUCAGAAAAGAGAUCUCCAUUCAUGAAGACUCCAUUCAUGGAGAGUAACCUUUUAAAGUUGGAAUGCAAGUAGUUUAAAAAAAAAGUCAGAAAAGAGAUGAGAUUGUUAAAUGUUCUAUCCCAGGCUUUUGAUAACAACAUCGAUCUUUACAUUUCGAAGUAUUUUUUUUGUUUAAAUUACAAUUAUCGAGUUUAUAGGAUCCAAAUUCAACCAUUUCUCGUUUUUUGGGGGUUGUGAUGUGUUAAUCACAAUCAUUGGGAACAAAAGGAAAGAAUAAGUCAGAAAUUGGACUAUGGUUUAACAACUGGGCAGGCCCAUGUAGAAGACAAAAACAAUUUACGGCCUAGUAGUAUAGAUUUCUUAGAUGAAGAUACUAAUCAUAUUCUCUUUUAUACAAUCAUUAUAUCAAGAUACGUGUAUGAUAUAAGAUCCUCUUCAUGGUAAACUAAACAUGAUUUAUAUAUGAGUCUGUAAAAUCUAAUGUGGUUAGUCUGUUUUUUGUGGAAGGAUAAAAUAGGGAGAGUGAUAAUGACAUUGACACGGGUGAUGUUAGAAGGAGAGUUUCUAACGUGCUUUGAGUAAGACGGAGCUAGAUCAGGGAAGCUUUGUAAUUUUGUAUCCAUCUCAAAAGGGCUCCAAGGCUGACGCUCAGAUAGCUUCUUAAUUCUACUUUCACCACAUUAGUUUACUUUUAAUUGUUUUUCCUUGCUUUCUCUGUUGUCUAGUGUUCUGAUGACUGAGAAGUAUUAUAUAUGUUUUUUUUUGAGAAAAUUAAUACAAAAAAUAUUAAAUAUAAACUUUUUUUUGUUUCAAAAAGAAGUAUACAAAAUAAAUAGAUUUGAAAGACUAAGACAAAAUAAAGUAAAAAAUAAACAUGUAAUGUGUGUGUGAACAAGUGUUGGGUUCUAUAGAGAGAAAACUUCAAACUGUAACAAAAUACAAUGAUAUUUUAGCCUAAAAUAUUAAUGUUAUCUAAUAUUUUCUUGGUGUAAUAUUUUCUUGGUUUUGGUUCUUCUUUCUAUUGUUACUUUUUUUUUACAGAUACACCGUCUGACAUAAACGUAUAUGUAUAAGUAAACAUAGCAUGAAGCUGCCACCAAUGUGCGAAAAUGAUGCAUAAUUCGUGGCAUGAUCAUGGAGAAUACUAAUGAAUUAAAAAAUUAAAAUGUAGACAGCUCAAAACGUAAUAUUCGAUCGUAUAACAAGAUUCUAUAUUUCCAUUGCUUAUUGUCAAAGGACAAAUGAGAAGAUUCUUAUGCUUAUGCCGUUUGCCAAGUGUACAUCUCUCACUGCUCGUAACAUGCUUUUCCGAACAUAUUCAAAUAGAAUCUUCCAGUAUGCUCAGCUUUUACAUGCCACAUCACCGUCCUUUUAAGUUUUUAACAUUAAAAAGAAACAUUGAUGAGAACAUUGAGGAACGAAUCAAUCAUUCACGUCUUCUAGCAAUAAAAAAAUUCAAAUAUUUAAGAUUAAACCAAAACUAUAUAGAAUCUCGAAAUAAUAUUUCAUUUUUGAUUAUAAAAGAAAAUUGAAGAGACGGUUUUAGAGAUCAAUCAAUCAUCGAAAAUGGUGGGAAACGAUUGGGUGAAUAGUUACUUGGAGGCGAUCCUCGCCGCGGAACCAGGAAUCGGCGACUCCAAAUCGUCGCUGCUACUAAGAGAGCGUGGCCAUUUCAGUCCGAGUCGUUACUUCGUGGAAGAGGUCAUCACUGGCUUCGAUGAGACUGAUCUUCACCGUUCCUGGGUCCAGGCUGCUGCAACAAGAAGUCCGCAAGAGAGGAACACGAGGUUGGAGAAUUUGUGCUGGAGGAUUUGGAAUUUGGCUCGUCAGAAGAAAAAGGUUGAAGGGAAGAAUGCUAAGCGGGCUGCUAAGCGCCAUCUCUUGCGUGAAAAAGCGAGGAAGGAAGUAACUGCUGAUAUGUCAGAAGAUUUUUCUGAAGGUGAGAAAGCAGAUGUGCCUGGUGAGAUUCCGACUCUUAGUGAUGGCAACACUAAAGGAAGAAUGUCUCGGGUCAGCUCUGUUGACGUCUUUGAGAAUUGGUUUGCUCAACACAAAGAGAAGAAACUCUACAUCGUCUUGAUAAGUCUUCAUGGUUUGAUACGUGGUGAAAACAUGGAGCUUGGUCGGGAUUCUGAUACUGGUGGCCAGGUGAAGUAUGUUGUGGAACUUGCAAGAGCACUUGCCUCAAUGCCAGGAGUCUAUCGUGUCGAUUUGUUAACCAGACAAGUAACUGCACCAGAUGUGGAUAGCAGCUACUCCGAACCGACUGAGAUGCUGAAUCCUCUGGACACAGACAGCACAGAACAAGAGCAUGGGGAGAGUAGUGGGGCUUAUAUCGUCCGUAUACCUUUCGGUCCGAAAGAUAAAUAUGUUCCCAAAGAGCUUCUCUGGCCUCAUAUCCCUGAGUUUGUUGAUAGAGCACUUAGCUAUAUUAUGAAAAUCUCUAAGGCUCUUGAUGAAGAAAUCUUUGAAGGAGGAGGAGGACAAGUGUGGCCUGUUUCUAUUCAUGGUCACUACGCAGAUGCUGGUGACUCCGCUGCUCUUCUCUCUGGGGCUCUGAACGUACCGAUGGUUUUCACUGGCCAUUCUCUUGGUCGUGAUAAGCUUGAGCAGCUCCUGAAACAAGGACGUCCAAAAGAAGAAAUCAAUGCUAAUUACAAAAUAAUGAGGCGGAUAGAGGCAGAGGAGUUGUGUCUUGAUGCUUCUGAAAUAAUCAUAACUAGUACAAAGCAGGAGAUAGAAGAGCAAUGGCGCCUUUAUGAUGGUUUUGAUCCGGUUUUGGAGCGUAAACUCAGAGCAAGGAUGAUAAGGGGAGUGAGCUGUCUAGGCAGAUUCAUGCCUCGCACGGUUGUGAUUCCUCCCGGAAUGGAGUUUCAUCACAUUGUACCACAUGAUGUGGAUGCAGAUGGAGAUGAUGAAGAUCCUCAAUCUCCUGAUCCACCAAUUUGGUCUGAGAUUAUGCGUUUCUUUUCUAACCCGCGCAAGCCUAUGAUACUAGCUCUUGCUCGUCCAGACCCUAAAAAGAACUUGGUUACUCUAGUCAAAGCCUUUGGAGAGUGCCGUCCACUACGGGAACUUGCUAACCUUACACUGAUAAUGGGAAACAGAAAUGAUAUUGAUGAGUUGUCCACCACGAAUUCAUCGGUGCUGCUAUCAAUUCUGAAGUUAAUCGACAAGUACGACCUAUAUGGUCAAGUGGCAAUGCCUAAGCAUCACAAACAAUCAGAUGUUCCUGAAAUUUACCGUUUAGCUGCCAAAACAAAGGGAGUAUUUAUAAAUCCAGCUUUCAUUGAACCAUUUGGAUUGACUCUAAUCGAGGCAGGAGCUCAUGGUCUGCCCACUGUUGCAACAAUAAAUGGAGGACCUGUAGAUAUUCAUCGGGUUCUAGACAAUGGUCUUCUGGUUGACCCUCAUGACCAGCAAGCUAUAUCAGACGCCCUCUUGAAACUGGUCUCAGACAAGCAUCUCUGGACAAGAUGCAGACAAAACGGACUUAAAAACAUCCACUUAUUCUCAUGGCCAGAGCAUUGCAAAACAUACUUGGCUCGGAUAGCUUCUUGCAAGCAAAGAUCUCCCAAAUGGCAGAGAGUCGAGUUCGAAAACUCGGACGCCGAUUCGCCAAGCGACUCCCUCAGAGACAUACACGACAUCUCCUUGAACCUAAAACUUUCCCUGGACGGCGAAAAGAGCAGCGUAGAUACCAACUUAGACGCUGAAGACACCACCACCGCUGAAAGAAAAGCUAAGCUGGAGAAAGCUGUUUCAACCUUGUCGCAAAAGAAGAUCUCAACUGAGAAAAUAGACUCAAAGAUGCCGACUCUUAAAAGACGGAAACAUAUCUUCGUCAUCUCUGUUGACUGCAGCACAAACUCUGAUCUUCUCUCGGUGGUGAAAACAGUUAUGGACGUUGCUGGUGACUCAACAGGGUUUAUACUCUCGACCUCAAUGACUGUAUCCGAGACUCACACAACAUUGCUCUCAGGAGGGUUGAAGCCACAAGACUUCGACGCUGUUAUCUGCAACAGUGGGAGUGAGCUUUACUUCACCGCCUCUGCUUCUUCUGAGGAUAAUAAAACGGUGCUUCCUUAUACGCACGAUCCGGAUUACCAUUCUCACAUAGAGUUCAGAUGGGGUGGAGAGAAUUUGAGGAAGACUUUGAUUCGUUGGAUUAGUUCUGUUGAAGAGAAGAAGAAGAUGAAACAAGGAGAGAUUUUAUCUGAAGACGAAGCUUCUUCGACUAACUAUUGCUUAUCUUUCAAAGUGAAAGAUCCUGCUUCGAUUCCUCCAAUGAAGGAGCUGAGGAAGCUGAUGAGAAUCCAAGCGUUACGUUGCAAUGUGGUUUACUGUCAGAAUGGAGCUAGGUUGAACGUGAUCCCUGUUCUUGCCUCACGAUCUCAAGCCCUUAGGUACUUGCUAGUGCGAUGGGGAAUUGAUUUAUCGAACAUGGUGGUGUUUGUGGGAGAUUCAGGUGACACGGAUUACGAAGGCUUGCUUGGAGGGGUUCACAAAACUGUGAUACUAAAAGGCAUAGCCAGUGACUUGCGUGAACUACAUGGCAACAGAAGUUACCCAAUGGAAGACGUGACGCCACUCAACAGUCCUAAUAUAACCGAAGCUGAAGAAUGUGGUUGUGAUGCUAUCAAGGUCGCCCUUGAGAAGCUUGGGAUUAAUCUCCGAAAGCCUUGAAGGCUGUGUGUUUUCCUCUAUUAAAAAAGUUUUUGUACCAACAUGCCACGAUGGUUGAAUUGAUAAUAAGAAAUCCACUAUACAGAUAAACAUUGUAUAAUAUUGUGCAAAAUAUAAUUUUUUUUUGUUUGAUUUUCAUGGUGAUGUA